CAUGGGGACAUGGAUGUGGGAACACAGAUAUGGACUGCGGGAUGUAGGGGUGCGGGGACAUGGGGACGUGGGGACAUGGGGAUGUGGACGUGGGGACAUGGGGACAUGGAUGCAGGGACGUGGCGACAUGGGGACAUGGGGAUGUGGGGACGUGGGGACGUGGGGACAUGGGGACAUGGGGAUGUGGAUGUGGGGACAUGGGGACAUGGGGAUGAUGUGGGGACAUGGGGACAUGGGGAUGGGGACAUGGGGAUGUGGGGACAUGGGGACAUGGAUGUGGGAACACAGGGAUAUGGACUGGGGGAUGUAGGGGUGUGGGGACAUGGGGACAUGGGGACGUGGGGAUGUGGACGUGGGGACAUGGGGACAUGGAUGUGGGGACAUGGGGACAUGGACCUGGGGAUGUAGGGGCAUGGGGACAUGGGGAUGGGGGGAUGCAGGGAUGUGGGGACAUGGGGAACGUGGACGUAGGGACAUGGACACAAGGGGAUGUGGACGCGGGGAUGUGGGGACGUGGGGAUGUGGGGAUGGGGGAAGUGGAUGUGGGGACAUCAAUGUGGGGACGUGGGAAUGUGGAUGUGGGGACAUGGGGACAUGGACCUGGGGAUGCAGGGACGUAGGGAUGUGGGGACACAGGGACAUAGGGACGUGGACAAAGGGACGUAGGGAUGUGGGAACGUGGACGUGGGGACAUCGGGACGUGGAUGUGGGGACAUGGGGACGUGGAUGUGGGGACGUGGACAUAGGGGUGUGGGGACCUGGGGAUGGGGAUGUAGGGACAUGGGGACAUGGGGACAUGGACCUGGGGAUGUGGGGACGUGGGGACGUGGACACAGGGACGUGGGGACAUAGGGACAUGGGGAUGUGGACAUGGGGACGUGGACAUAGGGACGUGGGGACAUGGGGAUGUGGAUGUAGGGACAUGGGGACAUGGGGACGUGGACCUGGGGAUGUGGGGACGUCGGGACGUGGACGUGGGGAUGUGGACGUGGACACGUGGGGACACGGGGACAUGGGGACGUGGACGUAGGGACACGGGGACGUGGACGCAGGGACGUCGGGACGCAGCGGACCCGGUGGUGCAGAUCGAGGGCAACCCCCAUUGCUGCUUCUUCAACUUCAGCCCCAAGAUCAUGUUCACCAAGGUGGUGAAGGCGCAGCUGUGGGUGUACCUGCGCCCGGUGCAGCACCCCUCCACCGUCUACCUGCAGAUCCUCCGCCUGAAGCCGGUGACGGAGGAGGGCAGCCGCCACAUCCGCAUCCGCUCCCUCAAGAUCGACCUCAACUCCCGCGUGGGGCACUGGCAGAGCAUCGACUUCAAGCACGUGCUGCAGAACUGGUUCAAGCAGCCGCAGAACAACUGGGGCAUCGAGAUCAACGCCUUCGACCCCAACGGCAACGACUUGGCCGUCACCUCCCUGGGACCCGGCGCCGAAGGGCUGCACCCCUUCAUGGAGCUGCGGGUGCUGGAGAACAACAAGCGUUCGCGGCGCAACCUGGGGCUGGACUGCGACGAGCACUCGACCGAGUCGCGCUGCUGCCGCUACCCCCUCACCGUCGACUUCGAGGCCUUCGGCUGGGACUGGAUUAUCGCCCCCAAGAGAUACAAAGCCAACUACUGCUCGGGGCAGUGCGAGUACAUGUUCAUGCAGAAGUACCCCCACACCCACCUGGUGCAGCAGGCCAACCCCCGGGGCUCGGCGGGGCCCUGCUGCACCCCCACCAAGAUGUCCCCCAUCAACAUGCUCUACUUCAACGACAAACAGCAGAUCAUCUAUGGCAAGAUCCCGGGAAUGGUGGUUGACAGAUGCGGGUGCUCUUAAAAAAAAAAACAGCCCGGCUUGGGGCUGCCCCCCUCCGCCCCCACCCCGGCCCCCCCCCCCCAACCCCCCCCACCCCAGUCCUCCUCCUCCUCCUCCUCCACCACCAACAAACUCCUCUUCCA